GGGGGUAAAGAUACUAUAGCUGAUAUACUAACCUUGAUACGCAAUGCUGACAUGACUAGAAAAAAAACAGUUCAAAUACCACUUAGUAAUAUCACCGAAAACAUUGUGAAAAUACUUUUACGAGAGGGUUUUGUUGAAAACGUCAGAAAACAUCGGGAAAGCAACAAAUACUUUUUAGUUUUAACUCUACGGAGAAAUAGGAAAGGAUCAUAUAAAAAUUUUUUACAUUUGAAAAGGAUCAGUACACCUGGUCUACGAAUCUAUUCUAACUAUCAAAAAAUUCCUAGAGUUUUAGGAGGAAUGGGAAUUGUAAUUCUUUCUACUUCGAGGGGUAUAAUGACAGAUCGAGAGGCUCGAUUAGAACGAAUUGGCGGAGAAGUUUUAUGUUAUAUAUGGUAA